UAAGGUAAAAAAAACUAUACACUCGAUGUAAUAAUCUGAUGCAUGUAAAACAGAAAAGAGUUAAGGGUAAUCGUCAUGUCAACCACGGGUCCCAUAAGCAAUUAUUAUGUGGAUUCUCUCAUCAGUCACGAAGUCGAGGAUGUGCAGCUGGCGUCGCGGUUAUCCGUUCCCGAGCUUCUUCCCAGUGGUUCUCGUCCGACGACACUAGUGCCAGAGUGCUCAGACUUUUCAUCCUGUAGUUUUGCUCCAAAACCGACUGUCUUUACCUCGUCCUGGCGCCCAGUUCACUCUCAAUCUUCGGUGGUCUAUCACCCAUAUACCCAUCAGCCGCAGAUUGGGACGGACUCGAGGUAUGUUCGCUCAUGGUUGGAGCCAAUAUCGGGGACAGUAUCCUUUCCAAGCUACCCGGUAAACACCAGACACUUUGGGCUGAAAACCGAUAAUCUCACGGAUUGCAGGGUCGGUGAUUGCUUUGCUUCCAGUACACGAGGAUAUACGGACUAUUUCUACAACUCGCCUGUUGUUAUCCGAGAUAAGACACAGCAGAACAUCCCUUCUCCGGAGCUGGACGUUUCGGCACCCACGAAGCACAAAGACGACAAACCAGAACUAGACCCGAACAAUCCGGUCAUUAAUUGGAUACAUGCAAGGUCAACAAGGAAGAAGAGGUGUCCUUAUACAAAAUAUCAGACGCUUGAACUGGAAAAAGAGUUUUUGUUUAAUAUGUAUCUUACUAGGGAUCAACGAUACGAGGUGGCACGGGUUUUGAAUCUGACCGAAAGACAAGUCAAGAUAUGGUUUCAGAAUCGUCGAAUGAAAAUGAAGAAGAUGAAUAAAGAGAAGACGGAGACCAAUGAGCAAUAACGCACCUUGGUGACACAUAUGCCUUUAAAAUGUAAGCUAUAAAAAAUAUCACUGUUCAAGGGCACCUGAUAUCUCCAAAUGAAAAAGUUCCUAUUUCCAAAUACGCCCGAUGAAUUCAGGUCUAUAGCGCAGGACUGCAAAGCCUCAAUACGAUUGUAUCCCAGUAUCCGUAUGCAGCUUGUUGAGAGUUUUCGCUUGAUGUUUAGAGAGACACUGAUCUGGGACACUAUCUUUAAUGUUCUUUAUUUCUGGGAGUGUGUGUGUGACAAAACCUGUGUAUUUAGAUGCUGCACACACUUGGCUACAUCAUAUUCGAAUUUUUAUUUUCACAUUAAAGGGCAUGCAGAUGUAGCCUAGACUCGUGUUUUUAUUGUAUAUUUUCUCAUGACAGUAGGCCUACAGGGCUGUUUCCCAAUAGCAAUUUAUCUUAGUUGUUAAGAGUGUUUUCUACGAGAAAAAUAACGAACGGUCGUUAGCCUAUAUUUUACGUGCGUUUCCCAAACAUGCUCUUAACAAGAACCCUGUCUCAAGAACUAGCCUACUUAAGACGCUUGUGUGGAAAUGUGAUUGUUCUUUCGCAACUUCAGGACUUGUGUUAAAUAAAUUAACUAAAAUAAUUGAGUAAUCACGGUACACAAAAAUUCUUACUUACUGUCGGUACAGAAAACGCUUUACAUUUACGGCUAUAUCAUAAUUUGUAGGCCCUGUUAUCAUUUUUAUAUAUAUAGGCCAUCGUAUGUAGCUAAAACUAGUUCACAUGAUGUAGGCAUGUAUGCAUAUAGCAGGUGUAAUAACUUUUCAAUCAGCGGGAUGCAUUUAUGAAAUGA